AUGUCAGAUUAUCUCCCUCAAGAAGUCUUGAUUGAGAUCUUCACCAGACUACCAGUUAAGACUCUUCUCCAAAUCAGGUUAGUCUGCCGAUUGUGGUACUCUAUAAUUUCUAAUCCCACUUUCAUCACAGCCCAUAUCAAUAAAACAAAGCAUAGACAGUGUCACAGUCACUCUCUCCUCCUUAGGCAUUUCGCUGAGAAUGAGAGGCACAAGAAAGAACACUAUCUUUUACUUUCAAAUGAAAAUCAAACGCUUCUAAAUGAGUAUAAUGUAGAACUACAGUUUCCAUUCAAGACUCGAUCAAAAUAUCAUUUUAGGAUUGUGGGUUCUUGUAAUGGGGUGCUGUGUCUGUCUGAUGACUACGGUGACAAUGCCUAUGGUAUAAUUCUGUGGAAUCCAUCAAUUAGAAAGUAUAAGAGUCUUCCAAGUCCCCGUGUUACAAAAAAGACACACGGGUCUUACAUGUUUGUUCUUGGGUUUGGGUUCGAUUCUAAGAGUAAUGACUAUAAGGUGGUGAGAGUUGCAUAUGUAAAAGGGCGAAAUGGGCGUGAUUUGAUUCCACCUGAGGUUGAAUUAUAUGCUUUAAGUUCUGGGUCAUGGAGGGGUUUCAAUGCCGGAGCUCCUCCCUAUGGUAUUUAUGGCUGUACUUGGUCGCAGGCUUUUGUGAAUGGGGCUGUGCAUUGGAUUGGAUAUGAUCCUUGUGUGGCCAAGGGGGAUUGCGCUCUGGUUGUUUCUUUUGAUAUGAGUGAUGAGAUAUUCCGUGGGAUGCUGCUGCCAGAUAGUUUAGUGCAAUGUGGGUGGGACUUGACUGUCUCUGUGUUUGGGGAAAUGCUUUCAGUGUACCAUUAUGAAUAUGGUUCACGGAAACAAUUUUGUUCUGUAUGGGUGAUGAAGGAGUAUGGCGUGAUAGAAGCCUGGACGAAACUGUACUCUAUUGAUUUACAUGGAGGCUUACAGAAACUGAUAUGGUUUAGAAAGAAUGAAGAAGUUAUAUUGGUAACGGUGCGCGGAAAGUUGAUUACUUAUGACCUAAACACCCUGCAGAUGAGGGGACUUGGACUUCGUGGUGCUAUUGACUCCGUUUAUGUGGAUAAUUACAUGGAGAGCUUGGUUUUGGUUGAGGAACAGAGCGCUAUUUUAGGACCUGAUGCUAUAACCUGUGAAGGAGGAGAAGAGGAUCGAGAGGCUCCUCAAUGGCCAGGAAGCAAGAACAGGCAAGAUAAUUUCUCACUCCUAAUAUGA